ACUAGACUGCCGUUAACUGCACCGAGACCGGGAAGCUGUUCGUUGGAGUGGACUCAGAGAGAUUAAUCUAAGACUGUCUCCCUCUCGCCCAGGUCCCUCCUCUGUCGGCCGACAUGGUCUGACAAAAAAAUGACCAACCCGAGAUCUGUUCCAUCUUCUCCAUUUAUAAUCAUCUCCUUUCAUUUUCUUCUUCUUUGUCUACGCACAAACCACAUCCAAGGAUUCGAUGCUGUUGUACAGCUUCCACGCUCCGGGUCGGUCUCCGCCCGCUUCACUCAUAAACGGGUCCUUUCUUUGGCUCAGUAUGGGGGAGAAGGGAAUGGCCAUCAUAAUGACACCAAGGCAUUGGAGGAAGUUUGGAAAACUGCUUGUGCCAUGUCUGGACGAAUAACUAUCCUGUUCCCCCCUGAAAAGGAAUUUCUGAUUUAUCCGAUUGAUCUUGGAGGCCAUUGCAGAUCUAAGAUCACUUUAAAGAUCUUAGGUACAAUUGUUGCCCCCAAAGAUCCUGAAGUCUGGGAUGGUUUAAAUCCGCGAAAAUGGCUUUACUUCCAUGGCUUGAAAUAUCUUACUCUAGAUGGUGGAGGCAAAAUCAAUGGAAUGGGACAAAAAUGGUGGGACAGAUCUUGCAAGACCAACUCAUCAAAUCCAUGUCGACCAGCUCCAACGGCCAUAACUUUUCAUAGAUGCAAGAAUUUGAAAGUCAGAGACCUUAUGAUCCUAAAUAGCCAAAAGAUGCACAUGGCAUUCUCUAGCUGUAUGAGAGUUGUUGCGUCAAAGCUUGUGGUUUUGGCUCCUGCUUCCAGCCCUAACACUGACGGAAUCCACAUUAGUAGAACAAAGGGUAUAGAGGUUAAGGAGAGCUCAAUUAGAACAGGAGAUGAUUGUAUCUCUAUAGUUAGCAACUCUUCACGGGUGAAGAUCAGUAACAUUUCUUGUGGUCCAGGCCAUGGCAUCAGCAUUGGAAGCUUAGGAAAAUCAGGAACAUGGGAGAAGGUACAAGACGUAAUGGUUAGUGAAUCUUAUCUUUAUCAAACUGAUAAUGGAGUGAGGAUCAAAACAUGGCAGGGUGGUGAUGGUUUUGCUUCCCAGAUCACAUUCAAGAAUAUCGUGAUGGCGAAUGUAUCAAACCCAAUAAUAAUAGACCAGUUUUACUGCGAUUCUCCCUAUCCUUGUCAGAACCAGACCUCAGCUGUCAAAGUGGAGAAUAUAUCCUUCAUUGGUAUCAAAGGAACUUCGGCAACAGAGGAAGCUAUAAAAUUUGCUUGCAGUGAUUACUCUCCUUGUGAAAGAUUAUACCUGGAAGAUAUUUUUCUCACACUAGGCUUUGGAGGAAACAUAAGAUCAUCCUGCUGGAAAGCUCAUGGUUCUACAAAUGGUUGGAUUUACCCUCCUCACUGUUUUCCAGAGACCAAUGAUUCUUUCGAUGCACCAAAAACGUGGGAAGAGCUGGAGUCUCUUCUUCUACCUUCCUGA